AGAAGUUAAGAAUCAUGUCAAUUCCAGGGAAUGUACUAGAAUGGUUGACCCGGAAUGCCCAGUGAAAUGCACUGGACCGGACAGCGAUCCGAAGACCUCCAUAAUGACAGGCUUGCCGCCCUCUCGCUGCGAAUGCCAUCGGAUCACUACCAGACCAUCCGUUACAGGAACGAGUGGCAGUAUUGGUGCUGCUGGCCUAACGGAUUGCUGCCAAAAACUGGGGGAAACUUCAGAGAGGAAAAUGAGUGUAGAAGCUGCUGACCGGGAGGCUGCCACAUCCAGCCGGCCAUGCACACCCCCUCAGACCUCCUGGUUUGAGUUUUUGCUGGAGGAGUCUCUACUUGAGAAGCACUUGAAGAAGGUGUCUCCUGUAGAUCCAUCACCUGUUCAGCUGAUUGUUCAGUUUUUGGAGCAGGCUUCUAAACCUUUAGUGAAUGAGCAGAAUCAGGUUCAGCCUCCACCUGACAACAAGAGAAACCGCAUUCUAAAGCUAUUUGCACUAAAAGUCGCUGCACAUUUAAAAUGGGAUUUGGAUAUACUGGAAAAAAGCUUAUCAGUUCCUGUAUUGAACAUGCUGCUGAACGAGCUGCUGUGUAUUAGUAAGGUUCCUCCAGGAACUAAGCAUGUAGAUGUGGACCUUGCCAGUUUACCUCCCACCACUGCAAUGGCUAUAUUGCUCUACAAUAGAUGGGCUAUUAGGACUAUAGUCAAAAGCAGUUUUCCAGUCAAACAAGUGAAACCUGGUCCACCUCAGUUAAGUGUAAUGAAUCAGAUACAGCAAGAAAAGGAAGUAACAGAAAAUAUUUUGAAAGUGCUAAAAGAACAGGCUGCUGAUUCCAUUUUGGUGUUAGAAGGAGCACUCAGAUUAAAUAAAGAUCUUUACAUUCAUACAAUAAGAACUCUCGAUUUGCUAGCUAUGGAGCCUGGUAUGGUGAAUGGAGAGACAGAAAGUUCUACAGCUGGAUUCAACAUCAGUGCUGAAGAAAUGCAGUGUCAGGUCUGUUACGAUUUAGGAGCCAUAUACUUUCAACAAGGUUCUACAAACUCUGCUCUAUAUGAAAAAGCCAGAGAAAAAUUUUUCAGAACCAAGGAACUGAUUUCAAAGAUUGGUUCAUCGCUCCAUUAUACCAUAGAUGAGAAGAGGUUAGCUGGUUACUGUCAGGCAUGUGGAGUGCUUGCGCCUUCUGAUAACACAUCACAGCCAUCAACUCCUUAUAGUCAAAUCCAUAGCUGUUUGAGAUCUGGCAAUUAUCAGGAACUAGUGAAGAUUUUCCUUGAAGAUAACUUAACGCCAAGUUUACCUGUUCAGUUCAGGCAAUCGGUGCUAAGGGAACUCUUCCAGAAAGCUCAACAAGGGAAUGAAGCCCUGGAUGAAAUAUGUUUCAAAGUGUGUGCAUGCAACAGUGUUUGUGAUGUAAUGCAAGGUCGACCACUUGAUGUCCAGUUUACACAAUUAUUUCUUAGACCCACUAAAGAAAAAAUAGACUUUCUCCUGGAGGUAUGCUCAAAAUCAUUCCAUUUAGAAAGUGCUUCAGAAUCUUCAAAAAGGAAAAUGGCCUAUUUUCUGAAGAACCUGUGUCUGAGUUUGGAAGAUCUCCAACUUGUCUUCAUGAUUUCCUCCCAUGAGCUCUUCAUAGCAUUACUGAAAGAUGAUGAACGAAAGCUGCUCGUUGAUCAAAUGAGGAAAAGGUCACCUCGAGUCAACUUGGGCACUAAGCCAAUCACUUCAUUUUACGACAUCCCAGCCUCAGCAAGUGUAAAUAUUGGUCAGCUGGAACAUCAGCUUAUCUUAUCAGUGGAUCCCUGGAGAAUUCGUCAGAUUUUAAUUGAGUUGCAUGGCAUGACAUCAGAACGUCAGUUCUGGACUGUUUCUAACAAGUGGGAAGUACCAAAUGUUUAUGGCAAUGUUAUCCUUGGAAUUAAAGACAAUUUGACCAGGGAUUUGGUCUACAUUCUGAUGGCAAAGGGGCUUCACUGCAGUAUUAUUAAGGAUUUUGUCCAUGCAAAACAGCUUUUUGCUGCUUGUCUUGAACUUGUGACAGAGUUUUCUCCGAAGCUGCGUCAGGUCAUGCUGAAUGAGAUGCUGCUUCUGGACAUUUAUACUCAUGAAGGAGGAGUAGGACUUUCAGGAGAACGUCCUCCCUCUGACUUGAUCAGCAGAGUUAGAGGAUACCUAGAAAUGAGAGUACCUGAUAUUCCUCUUCGGCAAGUUGUAGCAGAGGAAUGUGUUGCCUUUUUGUUAAACUGGCGGGAGAAUGAGUAUUUAACCAUGCAGGUUCCUCUUCCACUUGUUCAGACCAAUCCAUAUGUAAAGUUGGGGCAGCUUUUGGCCGCCACAUGUAAGGAUCUUCCUGGACCAAAAGAAAGUCGACGGGCAGCUAAAGACCUCUGGGAGGUGGUUGUACAGAUCUGCAGUGUCUCCAGCCAACACAAACGGGGGAAUGAUGGCAGAGUGAGUUUAAUCAAGCAGAGAGAGUCAACCUUAGGCAUUAUGUACAGGGGUGAAUUGCUCUCUUUUAUCAAAAAAUUACGGGAACCUUUAGUUUUGACAACAAUAUUAUCCUUGUUUGUUAAGCUUCACAAUUUUCGGGAAGACAUUGCGAAUGAUAUCACAGCAGAACAUAUUUCUGUUUGGCCAUCAUCUAUUCCAAAUUUGCAGUCAGUGGAUUUUGAAGCUGUUGCUGUUACUGUCAAAGAGCUAGUCAGUUAUGCACUGACUAUAAAUUCAAACAAUCACUUCUGGUUAAUAAUUCAGGCAGAUAUUUAUUUUGCAACAAAUCAGUACUCAGCUGCCCUUCACUACUGUCUUCAGGCAGGAGCUGUGUGCUCAGAUUUCUUUACUAAGAUGAUACCACCCGAUGUGUAUACUGAUCAGGUGAUAAAACGGAUGAUAAAAUGUUGUUCUCUGCUCAACUGCCACACACAGGUGGCAAUUUUAUGUCAGUUUCUUCGAGAGAUAGAUUAUAAAACUGCAUUUAAGGCACUUCAGGAGCAAAACAGCCAUGAUGCUAUGGACUCUUACUAUGAUUAUAUCUGGGACAUAACCAUCUUGGAAUACUUGACAUAUCUUCAUCAUAAGCGAGGAGAGACAGACAAGAGACAAAUAGCAAUCAAAGCUAUUGGCCAGACUGAGUUGAAUGCCAGUAAUCCGGAGGAAGUACUGCAGCUGGCCGCUCAAAGACGAAAAAAGAAGUUUCUUCAAGCAAUGGCAAAACUUUACUUCUAGAGCCCUCUAUUUCUGCACUAGUGGGAUGAUAUUCCAACACUUUAUUUAACUCAGACUUUUUUAUACAAUACAUUUAUAAACAUA